AUGACAGUUGAUGUAAACAUCGCUAACUUCUGUUAUUCUGAGUGCUGGCUUGGUGCUGACACUAAAGUAACCCUUCAAGUCUCACAGAAGUUUGAAGAAUUACAGUUGAUUCAUAAUCUCCGUGGACAAGAUUCAUUGGCUCCUGCCCUCCAGGUAGAAGUUCAAAAAUUUCUUGCGGGAGUUGAUGAGAGCUCAGGUUUCAUUAGUGAUGAAGUCUUUCUAUGCCAUGGAACAUCAAUUUCCUUAAAAACGAAUAGAUUCAUCAUAGUAGCUGCUGAUGGGAAACUUACUACAAGAAAUAACUCUAAAGGCUUAAACUUGAAAGCUGAUAAGGUUCAUGGUCUCGACGACAUGUGUGUUGGAAUAUGUGGGUCUUGGAAGACUUUGAGUAACACAGUUGGCGUGUUGAAGAGGCGUUUUAGAUAUGUUAAGAACGAGAGAGCUAAAAGACCUACGGUUAGUGAACUAGCUGAUUUCUUGAAAGAAGAACUAAAGUCGUGCCACGAUGAGGAGUCCGGAAUUAUUCUUGGCGCCUUCGACCAGUUAGAGCUGCAGGAAAGAAGAAGUGAAGUGCCUCCAUAUCUGCAACACGGUGUGGUCUCCGGGUUACCAGGUUUCAUCUUGGAAAUUUGAUUUCCUUGAAAUUGGGUUUCUGGGCUACUUUGUAGUUUGAUUUUGUUCCUUUACACUGGGCAUCACGCACUGCAGUAGCAGUUCUUCUUUUCACUCAAGAAGAAGGACUUGGGAUUAGGAGAAUUGAUUAUUGUUGCAGCACAUUUGUCUUUUCCAGUUCAUGCAUCUUCUCAUCAUCAUCAUAUAUUUAAGUAUCUUAAUUGUAUUUACAGCUCAAUAUUUUUAUCUUGUCUAUUUUGUGUGAAACAAUAAAAAUUAUGGAUAUAAAUUUAGAACGAUAUUGCACCGAUAUUUGAAACCGAGAUCUCCCCGAUACAAUGUUGUACCAGUGUACCGGUCCCCGGCCGAGACAAACCGGUAUCAGUGUACCAGUGUAUCCUAUAUUAACUACAUUGGUCUAUAUGUUCCUUGCAUCUCGUUUGUCGAUGACUGCAAUCAAAUUGAUGUCACCCAAUCAUUCUACUGCUCGGGAACUGGCGAGCAUUUUGCGGAACAGAUCUUGUCAAAAGGAAACUUGCACAUGGACAUGAGCUUUAGAUGAGGCCAUUCGUUUGGUUGAGAGAGCGCUUGUUUAUGCGACUUUACAUGAUAGUUGCACUGGUGGAUGGGCAAUUAGUAAGUUAUUUCUUGCGAAUCUUUUUCUUUUUGCAUCUUCCUUUAUGAUCUUUGCCAAAAGUUACGCCCUUAUUGUAUUUUGUUCUUUCUUACUUUUUGCAGUUUACGUGAUCGAGGUUGGCAAGCCUGUAAGAGCAAUGACUAGAGAACGAAUAUGUACUACAUUGUGGCGUAGACACCAUUCGUCUCUUCCUGAUUAGCGUACAAGAUUCACUCUCUCGGCUUUUCUGAUUUGAGCUGUAGCAAAUUCACAAAUGUUAAACCCUUUGAAAUAGGCUAACUCAUUGUUAUAUCCUUUUAUACGAAAUGAUUUUACAUUGCUAGUGAGAAGGUAUUACACUAUAAUAGUUUGGUGGUGCUGUGAACCCACAAGAGUUUGGGCCAUCAACCUGUCUUUCAACUAUAUCCUAAUGCCCCAAGAUCAGAUCAGAUCUCAAAGUCGACGUGAGACACUAUUCCCAUCAACUGGCAAUAGAAGGGGCCUGCUGAUAGAGCUGGGUGGAGAGGCGAGACCAGUUAUCAGGUCAGAGAGACGCCUGGCCCGUAAGCCUGGGCCCAAGCCUUUUGAAACCAGAUCGACGAAAUCGAGCCUGACUUGCUU